GCGGCUACAGAACUGUCAAAAAAUGUUUAUGUUCUCACUUCAUCCAUAAAUUUUUGUGUCGGUCUGAAACGCGGAAUCAUUUUAUUCAUUCAUUAAAUAAGCGAUUCAGCUCAAUAUAGUUCGUUUAUACUAAUAAUAAUUUGCUAUCCAGUUGAACAAAAAUGUCGCGUAAGGAGGCACUUUCGCAGUUCAUCAACCAGAUUCAUGGCCGCCCGGUAGUGGUCAAAUUGAACAGUGGGGUCGAUUAUCGCGGAGUGCUGGCGUGUCUCGAUGGUUACAUGAACAUCGCCCUGGACCAGACGGAGGAGUACGCAAACGGACAGCUCAAAAACAAGUACGGCGAUGCAUUCAUUCGAGGUAACAACGUUCUUUACAUUUCGACGCAAAAGCGCCGGGUCUAGUGAGUAAGGUUUUUCUUUUGCGAACAAUAAAAGUUUGAAUGUAAAAAAA